CUGCGGACGAACGUUCAGCCGCCACUCUCUCACAUGCAGCCCGCUGAACCAAUCGCGAACAGCGAUCCCACUCUGACUUCCGCUUUGUGAAACUCGACGUGAAAUUUUGCACCGAGCCGGUUUGGCCAGUGCCGCCUAUUCCGGAAUAGACCCUGGAGUCAGUUUCCGGGUACAUUAAUCAAUGGAGCGUGGAGUAGCCAGUGAAUAAGGGGCACGCGGCCGUGGGGCGCAGAGGAUGGACCCGGACAUCACAGUGGUGCUCCGGUGCCCCCCAGGGGCCGGGCUGACUCAGGAGCAGGUGCAGGCAGAGCUCUCGACCGACCACAACCGCCGUCCCCACCCCGGCCACGAGCGGAGGAUCGCGGAGACCUGGGAGUGUCGGCAGAGGGCCCAGCCCUGGCUCUUCAACGGGGCCAAGUUCCGCUUCCACUCGGCCGAGCUGCGGGACGGGCGGCUGGUGCUGCGGCUAGGACUGACCUGCUACCGUGACUACCUGGGCACCAACUGGUCGGCGGAGGCGCCGGCCCUCCAGCGGUGGGGGCUGAGGGACUUCGGCGACAGCCAGGCCUACCUGGCGGAGCCGCUGGGCGUCGGGGCCAUGCUCCAGACUGCCGACAGCCUCUUUGUUUUCCUCAGGAGGAGCGACCGGGUGGCUGAGGCGGCGGGUCUGGUGGAUGUCCCAGGGGGCCACCCGGAGCCCAAGGCAGCCGUGAAGGGUGUGCCAGAGGAAUCCAUUCGACUGGAACACUUGUCGGCCGAGCUGGUCGUUCAAGAGCUCUUUGCCUCCAUUUUAGGAGAGAUUCGUGACGAGGUUAACAUCCCCUUGGAAAGUUUAAACAGACCCCUGCUGUUAGGAAUUGUGCGGAAUAACAGGAGUGCAGGGAGAGCCAGUGCGGAGUUUUACGUCAGGUGUAAGCUGACCUCAGAGGAGGUGAGGCAGCGCUAUCUGAUCGGUGGCCCAGAGGCUCAGGAGUCGACUAACAUCAUCUUCAUCACACAACAGGAUGUGUUGAAGAUGGAGGAGGCCACGAGCAGCUGGCAGGAGCUGUGCCCAUCGGCUAAGGGAGGCGUCAAGCUCUACUCACUGGUCCACGCGGAGCUUGGCUGAAUGCAAGGCGUGGACACCGGAGGGGGUGAUGUCAGUGUGCCAGGGAACCUGGGGGCUUCCUUGGGUGGGGUCCUCAAGUGGCUCACCGGCACUGUGUGUGUGUGUGUGUGUGUGUGUGUGUGUCUCUCUCUCUCUCUCUCUCUCUCUCUCUCUCUCUCUCUCUCUCUCUCUCUCUCUCUCUCUCUCUCUCUCUCUCUCUCUCUCUCUCUCUCUCUCUCUCUCUCUCUCUCCCUCCCUCCCUCCCUCCCUCCCUCCCUCCCUCCCUCCCUCCCUCCCUCCCUCCCUCCCUCCCUCCCGCCCUCCCUCCCUCCCUCCCUCUCCCUCUCACACCACUGUUGUGCAUUUUAACUGAGAUCUCCGUAGGGACGUAUUCUCUCUGGAGCCUCCUGCAGUCUUUCCUUGAGAGACUCGUCUGCUCUGGUUAACAGUCAACGUCAUUCCAUCCAUGUGUGUUUGUGUGUUGGGCACCUAUCCUCAGGGCUCACAGGAGCCCAGUGAUUGGAUACCAGUGAACAUGCUCAGUGAGCAGGUUCUGCACUGGGCUACCCUGGGACAUCCAGAGACCGGGGGUGCAGGUGGCUCCUCCUCUGGUUUGAAUCCAGAGUGAACUGGGGGCUGAAAGACUCCAUCUUCUGGGUGACAGAAAUCUGCCGGACAGUUCCCUAUGACCCCCCCCCCCCCCCCCCCAUUCCUGCCGAGCCCAUCACCUACUGCCCCCUGUCCCUGAGUCUGAUCGGCAGUGCCAUUCAGAGGAUGACGGAGCUGUUGGGGAAUGAGUGGUGGGGGGGGCGGGGGUCAGCGAGGGAUUGUCUGGUGACGGCAGGCAAUUCUGCUGCGUUCACUCACCAAGGGGGGGCUCAACGUCAAUUAAAAGACCUGUCUUUGUAUAGCAAUUUGAUGGAUGAGUUAUUUGCUGGUUGUGUUGAGCCCAGCAGCUGCUGUCCUGAGCCAACGCACCAUCGGCUCCUCUGUGAACAGUGCCAUAUGGCACAGAAACAGGCCCUUCAGCCCAUCCUGUCCAUCAAGUACCUAUCCCAUUUACCGGCACCUGGUCUGUAGCCUUCUCUGCCUUGGAGAUUCACCUGCUUGUCUCGAUACUUAGAAACA